AUGGCGGCGGCUCAGAGUCGCGGCUCAGAGAAGGGACGAGCAAUAGUGCGGCGAGUGCCGGCCGCCCGAGCCUGCGCAGAGUUCCCGGAAGCUGAAGGGACGCAAGCGUACUUCCGGGGGCUUCGAGCGAGAGAAAGGGAGAUGAAUUUCUGGCGGCGUUGGUGGACAUUGGGCUUGGAGCAGGCGAUACACAUGGACAGCCCGGGUGCGGGCGGCAUUGGAGCGUUACGUCACGUCGGAGGGGCGGGGCAAAAACAUGGACAACGUUUGUGUCCUUCGCGGGGAACCCGCCCCUCCUCCUUUAGAAGGCGACGCCUACAACCUUUCCCGCGAGGGGCGGGGGAGGGGAGGCCAGAUGCCUUGGGGGAGGCGUCCAACAACUUAGCCCUAGAGACUUUGAAAUUGUGCUGGGUAAACCCCUCAGUUGAAAAGCAUCCUCCCUGGCGCCAUUUUCGCGACCUGCCUCUGAGGUCCUUUUCUCCUCGACUGCCCCUAAGUCAGAGCCUUCUCUGCUUGUGCAUUUGGCUCUUUUGGACCUGGGUCCGAAUCCUGCGCAUCUGGCUCUUUUGGACCUGGGUUCGAAUCCUGCGCAUCUGGCUCCUUUGGACCUGGGUCCGAAUCCUGCGCAUCUGGCUCUUUUGGACCUGGGUUCGAAUCCUGCGCAUCUGGCUCUUUUGGACCUGGGUCCGAAUCCUGCGCAUCUGGCUCUUUUGGACCUGGGUCCGAAUCCUGCGCAUCUGGCUCCUUUGGACCUGGGUCCGAAUCCUGCGCAUCUGGCUCUUUUGGACCUGGGUUCGAAUCCUGCGCAUCUGGCUCCUUUGGACCUGGGUCCGAAUCCUGCGCAUCUGGCUCCUUUGGACCUGGGUCCGAAUCCUGCGCAUCUGGCUCCUUUGGACCUGGGUUCGAAUCCUGCGCAUCUGGCUCCUUUGGACCUGGGUCCGAAUCCUGCGCAUCUGGCUCCUUUGGACCUGGGAGGACCGUGGGGAAGUUUGAUAAACGGCAUCAUUAGCCCUUGAGAAGCAAAAGCUUCUCUGAGCCCUUGAUUAGGUGCCAGCAUCUAUUGGGAAUUCUCACCAGAUUGCUCACCUUCAAAUUCUGGGCGCUGUGUGUUGGAAGAGCUGCCGGAAUGGGGAACAACACUUCUAAAGGUAGAAAACAAGCUUUUCCAGAGGUAGGAACGCCAGUAUCAUAUAUGUAUGUCCAUUACCAGCCAAAGUGCUGCAAAUUUCUGCUUCGCUGGAAUAGGCUUACACGAGCUGAUGAGCCUUAUGAUGGCUCUCAGUGGUUUCCACUAGAAGGAUCAUUUGACUUGGGUAAAAUAGUGCACCUGAAGAAGGUCCUGGAAGCUCAAGGCUCUAAAGUCAGGCAAGGUGAGUGGAAAGCUUUCUUUGAUUGGCACACAGAAGCUCAGAAUCGGCAUCAUAUGGAUACCAUUAAGAAACUGGAAGAUAAGAUCCGUACUUUUGAGUCUUUAAAUCACUCUCCACCAAAACAGAAGAUCCCGAGUUCUCAAAAAGUUCCCAAAAAGAAAGCUCCUGCCCCUCCAUCUCCAGCUGCUGCCCCUCCACCUCCAUCUCCCGCUGCUGCCCCUCCACCACCACCUCCAUCUCCAGCUGCUGCCCCUCCACCACCACCUUCAUCUCCAGCUGCUGCCCCUCCACCUCCGGCUCCAGUUCCAGCUGCUGCCCCUCCACCUCCGGCUCCAGUUCCAGCUGCUGCCCCUCCACCUCC